CUGCAAUUAUUUACACCACAUAAGACGAAACGAGAAUACACCAGGCCAAUUCCUCCUGAUCCUGUCAUCUCUGUCCUACUCAAAGCAACCCUUCAAUAAUCACAACAUAACAUCAUGCGCGUUCUUGUGAUUGGUGGAAGUGGACGGUGUGGAAAGCUCGUCAUCGAUGACCUGCUGAGUCGCGGCCACCAGGUUACCACGUUGGCCCGCAAGCCCGAAUCACUGGGUGGAGCUCGUGCCGGGCUAAAAGUCGUCCAAGGAACCCCCACCGAACUGGAGGAUGUCCGUGCCGCGUUCCAAGCCGACAUACCAGAUGUGGUAAUUGUGACACUCAACGCCCCACGGGCCAGCGACAGCCCCUUUGCGGCGCCAAUCUCACCUCCUCGACUGAUGACGGACUGCAACAACAACGUGCUGGCAGCGAUGAAGGAGUUUGGAGUACGCAAAACGGUCAUCCUGCAGGCGUUUGGAGUUGGGGAAUCGUGGGACAACAUGCACUGCGUGCUGCGGCUGCUGAUGAAGAAGUCCAACAUGUCGUAUCAGUAUGACGAUCACAACGCGACGGCCAAGGCAGUGCAGGCCAGUGGACUGGACUAUGUGAUGGUGCGACCGUCGCGGCUGGUGGAGACGCCCGAUGCCAACCAGCCGGUCAAAGUGUGGCCGGAUCAUGGCAAGGGAGUGCCCAUGAUGGCCAGCACCAGUCGGAUCACGGUGGCCCGCUGGUUGGUGGAUGCUGCUGAGACCAACAAAUGGGAUAACACGGCACCAGUGAUCACCAACUAGAAUUUUUCUCGAUCUUUUCUAGAUAUUGACAUGGCAAUCUCCCAUCAUCUCACGAGGGCCGAUCCGGGGCGGAGCGGGUGGGAGCGGAGAAUUUGGAGACGAUCCAAGGUUGGAUCGACAGGGCAAUGAUUGUUUCUUAUUCUAUUUCUUUUUUUUGACCCCCUCAUGGUUUGUGUUUCAUCAUCUCUGGGCAUUUACACCUGGCAUGGCGUGAAGUUUUAUGUAUGUUAUCAGAUCU